AUGCCACGUAUUGCGGCAUCUUAUUUACGUGAACCUCAAGCUACUCCACUUGCUCCAGCUACACGCAGCGGUUCAGUUGGCUUUAUUGAUUCUAUACAAAACAACACUGCGUUGGUUGUUGUCAGUUCCAUUGCUCUCCUGUUGCUUCUAUUACUGCUCAUUGCUCUCUUGCUAAUGGGUCGUUCUCAUGUACGUGAGAAACAUAUUGAGAAUACUAGAUCAACAAGUCGUAAUGAGCUACUAAGUGAGAACCAGUCAGGUAGAGUAACAUCAAGUGCUACUGUUUUAGAUACAGAACGCUCCACGAUACAUUCUCGCGAUGUUGGUGUACAAAAUAUGUCGUUCGAGAAGGAGCAAAUACAUAGAAGUAGAGAAGCACGUAUACAGUUUCCAGGUCCACCACAAAAUAGACGUGGCUCUAUUACUUCUACAGAUAACACAUCAGAUUCAUCUGUUUAUUGUCCUAUAAAUCCACCGACUGCAGACGUUCAGCGUAUUUUAGACGAAAAAGCUGCUAACUUAUUUGAACGCCACAAAAGGCGACAUCACCAAUAUGACCAUGCGGAGGGACGCGAAGAAACCGCUUACACUACCAUUCUAUCAGAGAAAAAACGAGAAAAGCAGCGUUACAAAACUAAGCGACGUUAUUUAUCGGAAAAUCGUGUGGGUUCACUCGAGACAAGCCCAGUCCAACGGCUUGGAAACUCAUCAGGUGACGAUAUUGCAACAGAAUCUGUAGAUGGUGAUACAGUAUCUGUACCUGGUGCUUAUCAAAACUACGAGCGUGCAGAAGCUUACAAUCCACAUAAUAACUACCAUCGUAAUAAGCUGUUACAUCAAAAGAGCUUCUAUGUUGAUCCCGAGCCUAGCCAUUCAAAAGGUGUGCAUCAAUUACAGACCACUGAAGCUAUUAACAAAGAAAUUAUACGUACAUUACAACCAUCGGAAAAGUCUUCAGAUACUGGUAGUAUUGGUUCAUUUCUUUCCAUGGCAUCUGUAAAAGCAUUUCCAAAGAAUACUCUGCCGGAACCACUAAAUCGCGUCUUAGAUCCAGUUUUUGUUACAUAUUAUGAUAAUGUGGAGAACACAGUGCCCCCAUCUGGUAAAUCACAUAAGUCACAACGUCGACAACGUAGCCAAAAAGAUUCGCUGGAUGGUACAACUAUUGCAACCAUUGAAAGUUUUCCAAUACCGAAAGCACCGAUGAAAACUCAAAGAUUAACCUCCCAAAGUGAUAAUGCCGAUCCUGGUGUUGUGGGUCCGAUUGUUUGGGAGAGACAUAAGAAAUCAAUGAGUGGCGAUAAAGAAACUGGUAAUGAUAAAAACAACGAUGGAGUUUAUGCAGGUUCGAAUUUUAGUCCGAUUCGUGAUCCUGCUUCUAUACGAAAUCAUUACGGAGAUUUACUCGAAGGCGCCAUGCAAAUGUAUACCAGCCACGAUGAUUUGCCCAUGCCAUUACCCACAAGAGAUUUCACUAAUAAUCGCAAGCCUACUAAACGUGAGAAUCGUGGCUCUUCCGCUGGUAUACCAAGUUAUAGUAGCAGACCGCAUAGUUUUGAUAUACGUCCGUCCACCGCACAACCAAAAACAACGCCUAAAUCAAAUCAAUCAACACAGCCACCAUCACCGACCACCGGCGCUUGGGGUGGCAGUCUUUAUGAUUCACACUCCACACUGGUACGUCCAAUGAGUGCUGGUCCAAUACAGUAUCCAAUGUCGAAAAUUAUGGGCUCUGGUUUGAAAUCGAAAGCAAAACGUACAGAUUCUUCAGCUGCACCGAUUAUUGAGGCAAUUCAAAAUGAGCUACGCAGAUUCAAAGAAGAUAAAAAAUGAAAAAUUUAAUUUUAAGCAAUUUAAUGCAUUUAAUAGUUCUU